AUGGCGGACGUCAACUUACAGUGUAUUUUGCACAUCCGGCACAAAUACCCUUCGGCGUUCAUUAGUGUCGAGGUUGAGAACCCACGGCGUAUAGAACUCGAGAAACUCGCAGCUGAGGCAGAUCUCGUUUUCUACGCCAAAAGCUGGGCCCAGGCCAAUGGACACUCAUCCAUGGAGGAAUGCCUGGAAGCACAAAUCGGCGUCACCCCAAAAGCGAAAUAUCUCUGCUGUACAUGGGGCAAGGAAGGUGCUUCACUGUUGACAAAGCCUGGCAACGCCCGUAUUACGGUACCUGCAUUAGAGGUUCCAGAUACCAAAGUAAAGGACUCAAUAGGCGCCGGAGACACAUUUGUUGCGGGUAUGCUCUUCGGCAUUCUAUGCCAUGAACACGACUGGGAUAAUGUACGCAAACUGCAAUUCGCGACGGAGCUUGCUGGGCUCAAAAUCUGGAGCGUCUUGGGCGCAACCCGUGGAGGCAAGCAAGAUGCAGUCAAUCCGGGACGCGGUGGACGGACACAGGGAUCUGGCGCGGUAACAUCCAAAUUUCAGUCGAAUCGCGGCGCACCUCGAGGACGCGGAAGAGGCCAGGCACGUGGUCGUUCUACAGCUAGCGACGCUGGAGCUGUCGGUGGGAAAGAGCCGGGGUUCGGCGCGCCAGCUUCUAUCUCUCCCUUCGCUGCGAUUAAAAAUGAUUCCACUACAGCCUCGUCGCCAUUCGGCGCGCCGCAAGCCUCUUCUGGGUUCGGAAGACCGUCGCCAAACCCAGCAAGCGUCGCCUCGAAUGGAUUUGGAGCACCUUCUAUCUCACACCAGCCCAUGGGAAACUCGAUCCAAUCAGAGAGGGAUCCUCGUGUUAAGGCAGCCUCGCACAAACGAGCCCCCAAGGCCCAAAUGAAGGAAACAACCGUGGCGGGCGGCAAUACGCCAAUCGACUAUCAAGAACGAUAUGAAAAGUUGAAACUCGACCGGGUCAAGAAACGAGAAAAUGCCAUCAGACAAGGUCAAAUGGCUGAUCCGAAUCAACCGACUCUGCUGAACAAAGCGAUAACUCCUGUGGGAACAUGUACUACAAUGUGUCCAGAAUUUGAGCGAGUGGAGAGGAUCGUUCAGAAAAUGGUCGACAGGGCUGAAAAGAGCCUCGAUCCAACUACCGAUAUCCUUGAAGUGACGGAAUUGAAGAUGCUUAAACGGUUCAGACGAUCUGCGGCGGGUUAUGAUGAACAGCUACCAUCCGACAUUCGCACACCAAACACUCUCCUCCAAACCGUGAAUUACCUGAUACGCCAUGUCGUGAUGGGUCCUGACCCUCUCGGUUUGAUACACAAGUUCGUGUGGGAUCGGACUCGCUCUAUACGAAACGACUUCUCUGUUCAGCAAUUGACCAAAAUUGAAGAUAUCAAAAUUGCGGUAAAGUGUUUGGAGCGUAUUGCCCGUUUCCACAUCGUUUCGUUACAUUUGCUUUCCUCACCCGACAACGAAGAGCAAUUCGACCAUCAUCAAGAACGGGAGCAACUGAACAAUACAAUGCUGUCUCUGAUGCAUUAUUACGACGAUAACCGAGAUCGCAUGAACUUUCCAAAUGAGCAAGAAUUCCGCGCUUACUAUAUUGUCUUGGCAAUUCACGAUCAACGCCCUGACGUGGAAGACCGUGUACAGAAAUGGCCUGCAGAAAUCCUUCAAAGCCCCAAGGUCCAAGUUGCUUUGGAACUUCUGGCAGCUGCAAAUAAUUACUGGGAGUAUCAGAUUGUGUUGGAUGAAAUGCGAUCCAGUGCAAUCUCUCAGGGGUUCUAUGAUAGGUUCUUCAGUCUAGUAGAUUCGCCAGCCGUGUCGUAUCUAAUGGGCUGCGUUGCGGAAAUAUACUUCAACAAUGUCAGACAAACUGCUAUCCGGUCAAUCUGGAAAGCGUACUGUCGUGUCCCUAUCUCUCAGCAACACAAAAACGAAGAAUGGACCAUACCGGAGCUCACUCGUGUUCUCUAUUUUGAUGAUGAGUCACAAGCCGAAGUUUUUUGUGAGGAACAAGGUCUACAACUGUUGGAAAGAAACGAUGGUGCAAUGUACCUCAACUGGGGAACAAGCAGCAUUGAUGUUGUUGAUUUCGCACCUUCUUCACAGCAUUCCUAUUCUGACAAAUAUGUCGAAGCGAAACGCGGUGGUAGAACCCUUGCUGCCAUCAUUCUUGGAUUGAAUAUCAAACAAGCAGCCGCCCGGGGCAUGAUUGAUGUGUCCUUACUACCGACUAAUGAUUACGGCUCUCCUAUCGAAGAAGACGACAAUGAACUAUUUGUCGCUCAAGAAGAAUCGACUGCGCAGCAAGAAGCAGCAACACUCUUUCCUAAUCCCUUCAAGACUUCGCCGCAGCCUGUCACUGGAACUGUCGUAUCUCCAGUCCAAUCGAACGGACCGUUUGGGGUAUUUCAACCUCCCGUUGCGCCGCUGGAAACGACUCAGACGUCCACAGCUACAAAUAUCUUCUCGUCCAGUAGACCUGCAAACUCAUUUGUUGCCUCCACGUCUCCGUUUGCGCCAUCAGCAUAUACCCCUACCCAGAAAGCACUAUCACCUUUUCAACCUCCUUCUACGUCAACCACCUUUCAAAGCGCCACCUCCACAGAUGCCCCCAAGCCAUCAUUAUCAUGGCCGACCAAUACUCAAAGUUCAUCUACCAGACUUUCUACCUUGGCUGCGAUGUCAGUUGAGCAGCCCAAGGCAGACUUGUCGUGGCUAGCUGCUUCUCAAGGUUCAGACAGUGCAUUAAAAAUUCUUGAGCCCGCAGCUACCACAGAACCGAAACCUGCAUCCGUUUUUGGUCAAUCCACACUCUCCCCUCCAAAGGCAACUUCAACAGUCGUUCAAACAGCUACAACCGAAGCAUCAAAGCCACUGUUUUCGUUCGCCCCAACUACUCAACCUCCGGAAACAGAAACUAAGGCUGCUGAAACUUCGCUUGCAAAACUUACGGAGCCACCUUUCACUAAACCAUCAUCACCCUUCGCCUUCCAGCCUCCAUCGUUUACUACUACAUCGAAUAUACCUGGGAAAACAUCAGAAUCUAUCUUUUCGAACAUACGGCCGUCACAGAAAUUACCAGUCACAUUCACACCAACCGAGACCUCGUCAAUCGCCAAUGCUCAAGCCCCUCUUUUUCCACGACAGGCAGAUGUAUUGAGUUCUGCCAAAGAGACAGGACAAACAACUCCUGACGACUUACUGAUCACUUCGCAACCAUUACUUUCUUCUAGCUUGACCCUCAGUGUUGAUAACAAUAUUACUACGAACAUCCAAGAAGUACCGAUAAGUGAAGAGAUAGAGGUGCAAUCAGAGCAAGGACAGACUCUUGCUGAAGAUGUGGAUGCAGAAAGUCGUUUAUCGGAUGCGGAGGUCUUUUCAAAAUCGGAAAGUGCCAUUGAGGAAUCAUCAACCUCUCGCAGGUCAUGGAUUGAGACUCUGAGAAAGUCGGCAAUAGAGAAUCGAACUUCGAAAGGGAACAAAAAGCGACCCCUGGAAGUUGAGGCCUUGCAAUCUGAAGAAGAGUUAGCGGCAUCGAUUGAUGAGCCUCAGGCACCUGUAGAACGUGAUGGGGAGGUCCCUAAACCAAAGCGCGCCCAUCGGAAACAAAAGAAGUCAUUGGCAUUAGCCUCUAUAGCACCACUACCGACGCUUCCAAUUCUUGAGCAAGUCAAGAAGCUGACAGAGUUCAAGCGGCCAGUUGAUGACGAAACCGUGUCUUCCAGAACAUCACAAAUCGAUGAAGAUGAAAUGCUUCUUUCAGCAGCCCGUAUUGCGGCAGAACAACUGAAAAAUGGCCCAAGGCUUCUCGACAGAACAACUGACUAUCUCUACACGGAUCCUUUUCGCUCUUCUACAUUUGGGAGGAGUUUCAACUCCGACUCACGUUUGUCGUCGUCUUUGUCAUCUUCUCUAUCUGGAUCAUCACCUUAUGUCCGCAUCAACGGGUAUGAUGUUGCAUUAGCGCCCGAAACACCCCUUGGUCUUGGUCGAACUCUCUCCCGGACAGAACAGCGUCUUCGACUCACUGGAGGGAAGGGUCUGGCAUAUAAGCCACUUCAACUCACUCCCGAAAAAGCGACUUCGAGCAAGAAGUCGGCUAAAAAGAGAAGUUUGCCUUGA